CUGCUCUUGCCGUCGCACCCCAUCCCCUGCUCCCGGCUCGCCGCCAUGGCCGCCUACCGCUCCUCGGUCUCCGCCAUGCCUGCCGCCGUCAGCAGCUCCGCCACGCAGGUCGCCACGCCCGGCGCCGGCAGCAGCAGCGGCGCCGGCAGCGCCGCCUACAGCAGCGCACCCUACUACUCCCACCCGCACGCCGCCCACCCUCACUCGCUGCCACACCCACACGCCCAGCAGCACGCCCAGGCGCAGGCUCAUCAAGCGCAACAGCAGGCACACGCGCACGCCCAGGCGCAAGCUCAGGCGCAGCACGCCCAGCAGCAGCAGCAACAGCAGCAGCAGCGGCAGCACGAAGCCCAGCGCUACUCCUCCGCCCAGCCGCCGCCGGGGCCCUACGGCGCCAGCUACGGCUACCACUCGGCACCGCCUCCUCCGCCUCCGCCGCCUCCGCCGCAGUCGGCGCACCAGCAGCACCCGCCGCAGCACUACUACUACCCCGGCGCCGGCGCCUAUCCGGGCACCAGCAACGGCGCCAGCGGCAGCGGCAGCGGCGGCGCUGGUGGGCGCUAUGAAGCACACGCCUCGCCAGCGCCGCCGCCGGCACAGCUGCCGCCGCAUCCUCAAAUGCAUGCGCAGCACAUGCCCCAGCCGCCCACACACGGGCAGGGCCAUGCGCCGCCACGAGGAGCACCUGGCCGAGGAGAGUAUGGCGCAGGCCAUGCCGGAGCACUUCCAGCGCCGCCAUCGGCCGCAGUCUCGGUCGCGCCGGCCAAGAAGGCAGCACGCGCUCCGAAGCGGCCGAAGACGAACGCAUCGGCCGCGGCUGUCGCGGCAGGGCCACCUGGCGUCCAGUCUUUCGGCGGCAAGGUCUCAUCGGCCGGCAUGCCGCAUCCGCAGUCGCACGCCGGGCAGGUGCACAUGCAGCACCAGCAGCAUGCGCAGCUGCAGCACCACCAUCAGCAACAGCAGCAGGCGCAACAGCAAGCACAAGCGCAGCACCACCAGCAGCAGCAGCUCUUGCAGCAGCAGGCUCAGGCGCAGCAGCAGCAGGCCCAGGCGCACGCCCACGCCUCGGAGCUGGCGCGCGAGCGCGAGAUCCGCGAGCAGGAGGCGCGCGAGGCGCGCGAAGCCCGUGAGAUGCGCGAGCGAGAGCGCGAGGGCGAGAGCAAGAAGGACAAGAAGCGCCGCGAGGUCGUCGAGCGCGUGCACCGCUCGCACUGGGAGACGCUGGAGAACCGCGAUCUCAUAUUUGCCGAGCUCUCCACCUCGCUCGCCACGCGGGCAUCCACGCUGCUCCUCUCGCCCUCGCUGCUGCGCACCUACGUGCUGCCCGCCCACUCGCUGCUGCUGAGCCGCGACGCAGCGCUGCAGCGCAGUGCUCUGCUGCACGCGCACCAGGUCGAGAGUGCCCGUGCGGCUCACGACGCUGAGUGCUCGCGCGCCGAGGAGGAGGCGCGCAGCGCGCGCCGCAACGUGCGCGAGCGGCUGCUUGCGGCGACGGAGGAGCGCAGACGGCGCCUGAGGGAAGAGAAGGAGGGCGAGCUUGGAGGUGACCUCUUCCUCGACUCUGCCGCACGCCCGCACGCAACGCGCAAGCUGCGAGCCAAGCCCGGAGGCGGCCCCGGCGCGAACGGCACAGGCGGCACCGGACGGCGUGGCGGCGAUGCAGGCGCCGGCGAAGAGGCGAGCGGUCGCGGUGGCAGCGGCGCAAAUGCUGCCGGCGCCGGCGUGCCCGGCGACAUCGCUGCUGGGCUCGGUCUGCUGCUCUCGGACGUCGGUCUGGCCGGUGAGCUCGCUGGAGUCAAUGCGCUGGGCGGGCUCGGCAGCCUCUUCGCGGGCCUGCCGGCGUCCAGCGUGCUCGAUCCGGCAGCAAGCCUGGCUGGCGGCGGCGGCGGUAUGGCGGACAGCUCUUACAUGUCAGGCAUGCGCGCUGCGCUGCUUGGCGCGGCGGCGAAGAGCAGCGCCAAGGGCAAGAAGAAGGCUGGCGGAGCUGCAGCUGCAGCGGCCGCGGCGGCACUCGCUGCGGUCGGCGACACCGAGGACGACGAGGACCGGGGCGGCCGUGCUGCCGCGGCUGCAGCAGCUGCGGCGGCUGCGGCAGUGAGCAACGGCCGGCUGCGCUGGGACGCCGGCAAGAGCGUCGCGCAGCUCACGGCCGCUCGCGACUGGGAGAUCGAGAGCGACAUGAUCUCGAUUCGCAAGGUCGCAGGCGGCAAGCGGCGGCGAAAGUAGACAGUCAAGCAGUCCGAUGCCCUCGCACCUUCUUCUCUCGCAUCACCUCGGACACCUCACGCUCCACCUCCACCACCCGUUGGCUGCUUCCGUCCUACUGCCGGUCUGCUCCUAUCUGCCCGCUGCUCGCCUUAUUCGCUUGCACGCAUGUAAUCGCUCCUUUCCGCUGCUCAUGGCCCCUUCUCUCACGCAUCACCCAAGUGCAACCUAUCUCGGCAUCC